AUGAAUAUAUUGAUAGAUACCACUAGAGCUAUGCAGAUACAGAAAAUGCUCCGAGACAGAGACAUUUCGUUUGAAGUGACACCUUCUAGUUUAAGCGGAUCUCGUAACAGAAGCCCUAUCUUACUCAGUCCAAGACCAAGAUCCCCAAGACGAGAAAUGGAUUGGAAGGAUUUUUAUCCUCUUGAGAAGAUUUAUAGAUUCAUAGAUAGUCUUGAGGUACAAUUUCCUUCGACUUGCACUUCGACAGCUAUCGGACGGACGGUUGAAGGGAGAGACAUAAAGAUGUUAAAAAUUUCUAAUAGUGAUGCUUGUAACACUGGUGUUUGGAUUGAUGGGGGCAUACAUGGCCGGGAAUGGAUAGCACCAGCGGUUGUGACUUACAUUGCUGAUCAAAUCGCGAAGAAUUUUGAUAAUCUUCCUCAGAGCAUAACGAAUAAAGACUGGUAUUUGCUUCCCAUUGUUAAUCCAGAUGGCUACUAUCAUACACAUAACGGUGAUAGAAUGUGGAGGAAAAAUAGAGCUAAGAUAGAUAACACAUGUUUUGGAGUUGAUCUCAAUCGUAAUUUUGGUUAUUACUGGGGUCGCAGUGGAAUAGAAUGUUCACCGGACGAUCCCAGUCACAUAAAUUACCGUGGCCCUGAACCGUUCUCCGAACCUGAAACGUCAGCUGUGAAGGAUAUGAUACUAUACUCGGGAACACCGUUCAAGAUCUUUAUAUCCCUUCAUUCAUAUAGCGAGGUCAUCGCAUUUCCCUGGUGUUUUACAUCAGAACCGUGCGCCGAUUACGUGAACUUACUUGAAGGUGCUACUGCCAUGGCUAAAGCUAUAUAUGACGUGAACGGACGAAUGUAUAAAGUUGGAAAUUUCAAAGAUCUUAUGUAUUUCGCAACUGGUACCAGUGUGGAUUGGAGCUAUGGAACAGCUAGGAUCCCGUUCUCCUACCUCAUAGAACUCAGAAGCAAACAGCACAAGUUCCUUCUACCGAAAGAAGAGAUUUUAGACUGUUGUAAAGAAAUAUUUAGUGGCAUAAAAGCUUUAGCCGAAUUUGUUGACAAGAAAAAAUGUUUAAACUGUACCAUGUUUUAUAAUAAAAAUUGUUAA